AUGAACACAACAAGUAUUCUUAGCCCCAUCUACAACCAACUCAGACACCCCACCCUCCGUCGCUUCCGCAGCGGCGCUCGGCAUUUCUACCCGUUCCGAACCACAACGAGUGCCUCGCAGAUCCCCGACAAAGACCGGCCCAUGCAGCCAUCAAAACGGGACCCCACGAUGGAAACAACCUACAACACCGCCGACGAACUGGAACGGCUCCUCCAAAAGGACGGAUUCAAAACCUGGGGCUUCGUGAUUUAUCGCUGCACAUAUCAAAGCGGCUCUGACUGGGAAAAGUUCAUGAAUUUCUUUCUCUACCGUAUCACCGAAAAGUUUGAAUUCUACAACGGUCUGGAUCUCUUAGACAGUUUCGCCCCUAUAGUUUUCGAAGACCAAUCUUUUGACGGCGCGAACACCACUCUUCUACGCAAGCAUUUCCAAGAGUGGGCUGCUACGGCGCCACAAGAGGAGCAGGGCGUUGAUCAUGCUCGCUUCGCACAGUCGGGCCGUUAUCGGUUCUUUGUUAUGGUGGGCCAGGAAGCUUUAGAGUCGGUACUAGGCGCGCCUGAUCCGGAUGACUGUAACAAAACUGGAUUUGUGCGCCUGGUCAAUGGGGUUUGGAAGCCGGAGGAACUGGACGAGGAUGAAUUGGCGGAGCGUGGGAGAUCUGCCCAGUCGCAAGAGUAUGAGCCUUUGGAGGGAUGUGCUUUGGAGGAUGUCGGCUGGAUGAAAGUGCUUUAUGAUGACGCAGAGGCGUGGGGGUUCCUGCACAUCCGUGAUAGCAUAGACUGGUCGACAUAUUACCAGCGUCCUCCGGUGAUUCAGAGCAACUUGUAA